AUGUCGUCUGAUUCUUACGCCGCUGUCCCUCCUGUCUCUUCCGACAGCUUUGCUGCCUCCCAAGGCUCCUCCGCGGGCUCCACCCCAAUCACCUCUAUCUCGCCAUGUGCUUUGCUCACCUGGCAAGAUCCAGUCGCCACCGGUAAGGUGUUUGGUGCCCUCAUUGGUGCUCUCAUCUUGUUCAAAGUCAAUGUUGCACCCCUCGUGUUCCAUGGAUUGUACAUUGGCCUUUUGGUUGCCGCUGCUGCCGAGUACGCCGGCAAGUUGUUGACGGGCCAAGGUUUCGUCACCAAGUACCUUGGUAACAGACCAAAGUCCCACUCUCAGACCUUCAGAAAGCAAGUUUUGCCUGCUGUUGGCGAUGUUGCUGGUGCUCUUGAGGCUUACGUCCACAAGGUAGCUUUUGCUCAGGACAUUGAGUCCACUUUGAAGGCUGCCGGUGUGUCUUACAUCCUCUACAAGCUCACCUCGUGGUUUUCCGUGUACUCCCUUUUGAUCGUGACUGUGUUGUUGGCCUUCUCGUUCCCUCCUUUCUACCAGGCCAACAAGAAGGAAAUUGAUGCUGCUGUGGCUCAAUACACCAAGAUUGUCAAGGACAAGACCUCUGAGUACACUGCUCUUGCCCACAAGAAGGCUGCUCCACAUCUCGAGACCUUGUCUAAGAAGUCUGGUCCUCUUGGCUCGUUCAUCCAGUCCAAGUUCCCAACCAGAACCGCUGGUUCCACCGUCAACUCUCCAACUGCUGCCACUACUGCCCCAGUUUCCACCUCUGCCACCACUAAGCCUGUCGUCGAGCCUGCCACUGGUGUGUCCACUGGAUCUUCUUUCCCUCUGGUUCCUCAGUCUGCUCCUUCUGGCGUUUCUGAGAUCAUCGAGGAUGGUCAGGCUCACGCCACAAAGACCCAUGCUCAGUUGUCGGACUUAUAA